AACCAGGCGGGCAGCUGGAUCAGGGGUUUACAUUUACCAGGGUAACAAGGUAAAUCUUGGCAGCAGGUUGGAGCUGGAAGGAAGAGGGACCCAGUGAGGAAAAUUUUGAGAGACUUGAGAGCUCUAGUUUAUUUAUCACAACAAACAGCAGGGUAGCUGUGAGCCCUCCCUGACUCCUCAUCCCUUCACCCCCAACCCUGUGGAGGAUUCCUGGAAUGUGGGACUAUAAGGCAUACUGUGGAUGGAGAAGGCUAACGGUCAAGAGAUGGGCAGAGGCACUAGGAAAAUGAAUGUGAUGUGAGGGCCACAGAGGAGCCCCCACAAGAGCAUGUGGAUGGAGAGGAGUCUGGAUACAGGGAAGACAGAAUAGGAAAGAAUGGCAGUAGGGGAGGGAGACUAGAAGGAGUGGUGGGGACAGUGAGAGAUCCAGGGUUAUACUGUGGUACUUGGCUUUUUUUGUGGCCUCUAAAACGUGAGAAGGGAAAGGGAAGUGGGGUUAGGGAGGCAAGGAAGGGGGAGGGGGGAAAGGUAAGAAAAUUUGGGUCCAGAGGUAGUAGGGGAUAGUCUUACCAGAUUCCUUUCCCACCCCAUCCCCUACAUGAAUGCCUGGGAGUAUAGGGGAGGAUGUGGCACAGGAAGGAAGGACAUUUGGGGCCUCAAAUUUAUCUUCUGACAGGUGGCCCUACAGACUUGAGGGAUUGGGGAGCAUGAAGGUUUAGUACAGAGGCAAGGACUUGGUGAUCUUACACCCAAGGUGGACUGGGGCUUUAUGUUCACUCUUUAGAACAGUGGAAAAAUUCUACACUUGGAAAUAGGAAUGUGAGAGAAGAAGGGGCAGAAGUGGGGUUGAAAUUAGGGUGCUUGGGGAAAAGAAGGCACAAGGACUCUGAGGAACUCAGAGAGGGACCUUCAAAUCCCUUUUGACCCUUUCACAGUGAUUAUCAAACUUCAGUGUUCCUAAGAAUCACCAGAAGUGUGUUAAAAAUACAUACAGAUUCUAACUCAGGGAUGAGUCCCAAGUAUCUGCAUCUUUACCAAUUAAAGUCCUGUUUCACUAAACCCAGGAUGCCUAUGGGAAGAAGAGCAACAGGGCACAGGGAAAAAUUAGAUGUUAGGAGAGGCAGGAAGAGAAAGAGGGUCAGUUCUGAUGGAGGAGUCAAGCUUAGGAGAACAAGAGAAAUAAUUGGCUAUGGGGGUGGGCGUCCGGGGAGAAAGGCAGGGAGGGAGGGGUGCAGGCUUUAUGACAGGGGAUCGCAGGGAGUCAGGGAGCCCUGUAUGUGAGCUCAAACUCAUCCACCAUGACAGGUGAUUCCCUGGAGGUGUUGGGGAGCAGAUGGGGACCUGAGAGAAGGGAGAUGGAGGAGAAAAUAGCAGAGACAGCGAAGGGGAGAUGGAAAAGCAGACGAACUGGAAUGUGUCGUUUCCGGAUCCUUGCAGAGCAGAGGAGAGGGAGGACAGAGGAAGUCUAUUGGGGAGGGGUGAGAAUCACGUGGCAGAGGGAACAUGCAGUGUUGAGUAGGAUGUGGAAGGGGGAAAAGGAUGUAAGAGAAGUCAGGGAAGGAAGGAAGAAACAGAAGAGACACUGUGGUGGCGUACAUUGUCAGUCCGUAUCUUACAUGUUCUUAUAUGUCCUCAUUGUUCCAAUUAAUCUUAUCUUCAGACAAGAAAGGAAGAGGGCACUGAGGGUCCAUGGGAGAGGCUGGGGGCAGGAUCUGAAGUGAUAGAUGCAGGGAGAGAGCGGGAGGGUGGGACGUGAGAAUGGUAAAGAUACACAAAGAUGCCCAAGUGGGAGAGAUGCAGAACCUUCAAACCAUGCAGUUAAGCAGACACUGAGCAUUGCCCUCAGCAGGGAUUGGGAUGGGUGGGCAGCCGAGAGCUGGUUCUUUGGUCCAGCCUCCCCUGGCUCCCUCUUCUCCAACUUCCCACCGUGUCCCAAAUGUCAGGCCUCAGUGGGAAGCGAGCAGACUCUAGGGGGCCUUCUUUAUUUCCUUCGAUUUGUGCCCCCCUAUCACCCUCCCCAAUCCCCUGUGUCUCCUGUCUGGCUCCUCUGCCCGGGCUCCCCACUGGCUUCCAUUUCUUCCCCACUUCCUCUGGGGCUCCAGCAGCUUCUGAAAUGUCAUGUUUCAGCAGGAGGGGAAAAGGCAGUGGAGGCCCCGUGGCUGGCUCUUCCUCCCCCAACUCCCCUCCUCCCAUUAAGCCUUUCCACUCUCAAGCUGUCUGCAUUGUUUACUUUCCCUCUCUUUCAGGCACCCCUAAAAGCAUCUGAUUUCUUGAGCGUCCCAUUCUAUUUAUUCUCUCCAGCUCUCCUCUCAUCUUGUUUCUCCCCCACCCCUUCCGCCUGCCCCCAGUGUCUUUUUUCCUAAUGGACCUGUCAAAUGUCAGGGCACAGCAGGAGGGCAUGGAUCACUGAACCAGGACCCCCUGGCGGCCUUGUCCCUAUUCUCUCCUGUUUAUUUAUCUCUAGCCCUGAAAAGAGAAGAGGGAGGAAGAAAAGGCAGUGUGACCCAGGCCAAGCCACCAAGUACCUGUACGAGCUGCUCUACAACGACCCUAUCAAGAUCAUCCUCAUGCCCGGCUGCAGCUCCGUCUCCACGCUCGUGGCUGAGGCUGCCAGGAUGUGGAACCUCAUUGUGCUUUCCUAUGGCUCCAGCUCACCAGCCCUGUCAAACCGGCAACGCUUUCCUACCUUCUUCCGAACUCAUCCGUCAGCCACACUCCACAAUCCCACGCGGGUGAAACUCUUCGAAAAGUGGGGCUGGAAGAAGAUCGCCACCAUUCAGCAGACCACUGAGGUCUUCACCUCGACUCUGGACGACCUGGAGGAACGAGUGAAGGAAGCUGGAAUCGAGAUUACUUUCCGUCAGAGUUUCUUCUCCGAUCCAGCUGUGCCUGUCAAAAACCUAAAGCGCCAGGAUGCCCGAAUCAUCGUGGGACUUUUCUAUGAGACUGAAGCCCGGAAAGUUUUUUGUGAGGUGUACAAGGAGCGGCUCUUUGGGAAGAAAUAUGUCUGGUUCCUCAUUGGGUGGUACGCUGACAAUUGGUUCAAGAUUUAUGACCCGUCCAUCAACUGCACAGUGGACGAGAUGACGGAGGCAGUGGAGGGCCACAUCACCACUGAGAUCGUCAUGCUGAACCCUGCCAACACCCGCAGCAUUUCCAACAUGACGUCCCAGGAGUUUGUGGAGAAACUGACCAAGCGGCUAAAAAGACACCCUGAGGAGACGGGAGGCUUCCAGGAGGCACCGCUGGCCUACGAUGCCAUCUGGGCCUUGGCACUGGCCCUGAACAAGACGUCCGGAGGGGGUGGCCGUUCGGGUGUGCGCCUGGAAGACUUCAACUACAACAACCAGACCAUAACUGACCAGAUCUACCGGGCAAUGAACUCCUCGUCCUUCGAGGGUGUCUCCGGCCAUGUGGUGUUUGAUGCCAGCGGCUCUCGGAUGGCAUGGACACUCAUCGAGCAGCUGCAGGGUGGCAGUUACAAGAAGAUCGGCUAUUAUGACAGCACCAAGGAUGAUCUUUCCUGGUCCAAAACGGAUAAGUGGAUUGGAGGGUCUCCGCCAGCCGACCAGACCCUGGUCAUCAAGACGUUCCGCUUCCUGUCGCAGAAGCUCUUUAUCUCCGUCUCCGUUCUCUCCAGCCUGGGCAUUGUCCUAGCUGUUGUCUGUCUGUCCUUUAACAUCUACAACUCCCACGUCCGUUAUAUCCAGAACUCACAGCCCAACCUGAAUAAUCUGACUGCUGUGGGCUGCUCCCUGGCAUUAGCUGCCGUCUUCCCCCUGGGGCUGGAUGGUUACCACAUCGGGAGGAGCCAGUUCCCCUUCGUCUGCCAGGCCCGCCUCUGGCUCCUGGGUCUGGGCUUUAGUCUGGGCUAUGGCUCCAUGUUCACCAAGAUCUGGUGGGUUCACACAGUCUUCACAAAAAAGGAGGAGAAGAAGGAGUGGAGGAAGACCCUGGAGCCCUGGAAGCUGUACGCCACGGUGGGCUUGCUGGUGGGCAUGGAUGUCGUCACCCUCGCCAUCUGGCAGAUUGUGGACCCCUUGCACCGGACCAUUGAGACUUUUGCCAAGGAGGAACCGAAGGAAGAUAUUGACGUGUCUAUUCUGCCUCAGCUGGAGCACUGCAGCUCCAAGAAGAUGAAUACGUGGCUUGGCAUUUUCUAUGGUUACAAGGGGCUGUUGCUGCUGCUGGGUAUCUUUCUGGCUUAUGAGACCAAGAGUGUGUCCACCGAGAAGAUCAACGACCACCGGGCUGUGGGCAUGGCCAUCUACAAUGUGGCGAUUCCUUCCUGGGGAAGAAGACCCUGGCUCUUGUCUGAGCCCACAGAUCUGCUCUGCUCCCAGGUCCUGUGCCUCAUCACCGCCCCCGUCACCAUGAUCCUGUCCAGCCAACAGGACGCCGCCUUCGCCUUUGCCUCUCUGGCCAUAGUUUUCUCCUCCUACAUCACCCUGGUUGUGCUCUUCGUGCCCAAGAUGCGCAGGCUGAUCACCCGAGGGGAGUGGCAGUCGGAGGCACAGGACACCAUGAAGACAGGGUCCUCAACCAACAACAACGAGGAGGAGAAGUCCCGGCUGCUGGAGAAGGAGAACCGGGAACUGGAGAAGAUCAUUGCCGAGAAAGAGGAGCGCGUCUCUGAACUGCGCCAUCAGCUCCAGUCUCGGCAGCAGCUCCGCUCCCGGCGCCACCCUCCGACACCUCCAGACCCCUCGGGGGGCCUGCCUAGGGGGCCCCCUGAGCCCCCCGACCGGCUGAGCUGUGAUGGGAGUCGAGUCCACCUGCUUUACAAAUGAGGAAGGGGGUGUGAGGGAGGACAGGCCAGUAGGGGGAGGGAGAGGGAGAAGAAGAAGGGGUGGGGGUUGGGAGGAAGCAGGGGGUCCCUCUCCCGGGUGGGAAGAAGUCUCUACUCAGUCCCAUCUCUUGUAAAUACCUGCCCCGCUGUGAGUCCCCGGGGGUCGUCCGGGUCUCCAGUUCUCCAGGAACCAGACCCUGUUCGCUCUCAUUCGUUCAUAUAAUUUUAUAUCCCUACUUCAUACUCCAGUUUGUACCCGGCUUGAAGCUUCUCACUCACUGGCUCCUCCGCCUCACUAUGUACACGGGUCCCUUUUCUUUUCCGACACCCUCUGUCUCGUUGCCACGGCAACCCCAACCCUGCAGCUCCCUGGCCUUUGUGCUCUGCUGGUCCAGCAGGGAUCUCUCCCAAGUGCUCUUUCUGCCCCAACAGGGCCUCCUCAUGUCUCUCACCAUCCUGGUCUCCUUCCAACCUACUUGCCCCUCCACUCUUUCACAAGCUUUGUCCUUUUUCAAUUCUGCCUCUCCAGGGCACUCUUUCUUGCCAAGGCUCACAGGCUCCUACGCUCCACGGGCUCACACUUAGCAUCGCGCGUGUGUCCUCCCCUCCCAGCUCAUUCCAGUGGCUCACGUGCGUGCACGCGUUUCACCUGUGCUUUCUUCACCCUUCCUGUGGCCCUGCCUGCUCUGUUGUAUUUCCUUCACUUGUGACUGCGCUGCCCAUCUCCGGUCACGGUUGUGCCCUUGUGAGGGAGUGUUUGGGUAGACGCGGGCUGUUUGUCUAGCAUGUCUUCCCUAGUGCACACAUCCAGGGUUACCUGUGGUUUUCCCUGUGUGCCCUUGUGCUGCCUUGUCUACCCUCUUCCCUUUGCACCUUAAAAGCUUUGUAUCCUAACAACGGAGCCCUAUGCACCGACUCUGCACAUUGUUACGCACUUUUCCCCAGUUCACACUUAGUGGAGCCAUCCACAUCCUCUCCUUGUCACACCCGGUUUCUGCUCACUCUCCCCCUUCUCCUUCCCACUCGUGGACCACCCUUGGCCCCCAUGCACAAUCAUCCUCUCCCAAGAGUGCUUCCUUUGGUUUUGUGUUUUUCUGGGGCAAGAGGGAGAAGAAACGGGGGCAGGUUUGGGGAGCUUCUUCCAGUGGACGGUUGGUGAGAAUCCUGUUGGAAGGAAGGCACCCCUGACUGUUGAGAUGGACAGAUGGUCCUAUGGGGCGGGAGGUGGCAUCCCUUUUGCACUGUGGUAUUUCUUGGGGAAGGAGCUCCCCAAAUCUCAAUAAACCAGUGAACAGAGUGA